AUGGCUCCUCUACGAUCCCUGCUCUUCGGAGCAGGCGUGAUGCCGCUGAUGCGCAUGGCUUUGGCCUGCACAACCACUGAUGUGAUUCAGGGAGGGUCUUCUGCCUAUACCUCUUAUUGGAGCACCAGUGUCGGCCCUAACCCUCAGACUCUCACUGUGGUCAAUACGGGGGGUCCUGAUGGCGGUGCCUACCUAGAAAUGGAUGAUUUCAGUUAUGGCUGGGUGCUGGUGCGUCAGAACAUCGCCUCGGUGGAGGUGGGCACGCCGUAUCAUGUCUCGCUGGACUGGUUUGUGGCUACUGAUGACUCGACUGGAGCUUCCUGUAGCAUUUCGGUCGCUGUCGACGGUACUUCCUUCACAGCAGCCUCUGCUGCGCUGGUGGCUGGCCGAACCAGUAGCUGGUCGACUGUCACUGGCACUUAUACUCCCACGACUGCCACCGGCAUCCCCUUUGUCAUCACCAUCAGUUGCUCGCAAGGUGUCGCUGAUGGGAACCCUGUCGUUGGACUGGCCGAUAUCUCCAUGGUCAGCACUUGCUCCGAUACCACCUCUGCUACCAGUGCAUCCACCAGUCUUGCCCUCACGUCCUCCGCCACCGACAGCACGUCCAGCGCGGCCAUCACCACCACCAACAGUGCUGACUCGCUGGGCGCCUUGACCACUGCUCUGAGUACCAUGACCUCGUCGACCUCUGCUGCCUCGUCCACGGCCACAAGCGCUUCCACAUCCACCUGGUCGUCGUCUACGGGCACGACUGCGGUCACCGAUGACGAUAGUACCACCCUCACGGCCGAUACCACCACAGGAACAUCUUUGGAAGCGUCGCAGGAGGUGGAUAGUUCCGAUGAUUCGUCGGUCUCGGGCACAGUUUCAGUGUCUGAAACCGCCACAACCAAGCGCAAGCGGAGUGGUGUCUCCUGCACCUUGAGCAUCUAUCAAGGCAUUGAUCUUCUCGACAGCCUGACUGUUCCAGCAGGUUCGUCAGCUCCUUUUUCGACCUGCCUCAGUGGCGCAUCCUCUGGUAGCUCGACCCUCACCAUCAAGGCGGUCUGUGAUGGAGCUGGCGCGACGGUGGAGGUUGCGGAUCUCGCUGUGGACACCAGCGCUGCGGCCGCCGAACGAUGUGCUGCUGCUGCUGCUGCUGUUGCUUCUAGUGCUGUUGCCUCUAGUGCUGCUGCUUCUAGUGCUAUUGCUGCUGCUACGUCUCCCACUCGUUCCGUGGCUGUGUCCAGCUCGUCUGCGGCUGUUCAAGGCUCGUCCUCUGCAUUGAUACCCAGCGCUUCUGUUCAAGUGUCAACACCGAGCCUUCGAGCCAGCUCUAGUGUGCCCGUAAUUGUCACUCGCCUUCGUCCAUCGGUGACUCCGAGCUCGCGACCUGGUUCAAGCUCAGGCUCUGGCUCUUCAGCUUCAGGAUCCGAAUCAGGCUCCUCUACUUCCGCCUCAUCUGGCUCUGGUUCAGGCUCAGGCUCAGGCUCAGGCUCAGGCUCAGGCUCUGGUUCAGGUUCAGGUUCUGACUCGACAUCGAUCUCUCCCAGUUCGACCAGUUCCAGCGUCUCCGCGAACGGAGCUGGGGCUUUCACCACCUCCACUGUUUCUCACAUCGAGGUGCACACCGUCACCGCAUGCCCCCCCACAGUCCAGAACUGCCCUGCUUCGGCGAAGACUACUUACGUGACCACCGAGACCGUCGUGGACUACACCACCAUCUGCCCGGUUACUGCGACUCAGACUCAGCUGCCUGUGACCGCCAGCCCUGCGUCUGCUGCGGCAGAAAACGAAGAAUACACAACCUCCACCGUGUACAAGACCUCGACGUAUACCGUAACGGCUUGCCCUUCCUCCGUCCAGAAUUGUCCCGCCUCGCAGCAAACGACCUACCUCACGACGGAGACACUCGUGGACUACACCACUAUCUGCCCCGUCACAGCCACUCAGACGGGCGUGGCAGCCACGGCCCCUGCUGGGUCAGUCUCUCGGUAUACCGAGCAUGUCACCUCGACGGUGUAUAGUACAGCAACUUACACGGUGACCGCCUGUCCCUCGGGCGUGCAGAAUUGCGCUGCCUCGGCCCAGUCGACCUUUGUGACCAGUGAGGUUGUGCCUGCGUAUGUGACGACUUACUCUGUGGUGACGACCGGGCCGCAUGCAACCGCUGUCCCGGCUGUUGAGGAGAUAUAUUCCACCUCCACCAUCUAUACAACUGCCGUUUAUACGGUGAUGGCGGCACCAGCAGGAUCGACCGACGAGAAUGCUCCUCAGGAGACAGCUUCCGUCUACACCACCGUGAUUCCCAUUGGCACCACCGUGAUUCCCGUUGGCACCACCGUCUACUCGAUUCUUGGGUCCGCGGAGUCUACUACCUCCACGUUGAAUGCGGUAGAAACGGCUGCUACCAACCCCGAUGGUGUCGAUGCUAUUGGUGCUGCCGCCGCUACCACUAAGGGAGGCGCGAACGCCCUGGGGGGAAGCACCGGCGCGCAAGUUUCUUCAAGCGCACAGUCGCAGAGUCUGCCCAGCUCCUUGAUUUCAUCCGUGAGGGCUUCCUCGUUGGGUUCCACCCCUUCGGCCCCGACGCCCCUGGGGUCGUUGACGGCUACGGGGGCGGGGGCGCUCUUUACUGGCGCUGCCUCGUCGAAUGCACACUCUUCCGGCUUGAUUCUGGCGGUGAUGAGUCUAUUUGCUGGGAUCGUUAUGUAG